AUGCGCAUCUCCUUCCUUCACCUCGCGCUGGCGGCUCCUGCCAUGAGCUUGCUCCUUCCACCGACCCACGAGGAAAAGGUACUAAUUGCAGAGAAGCACCAAAGCAACGCUGUCACAGCAGAUGGCAAAACGACCUGCCCACCUAGGUUGCUGUCGAUGUGCUGCGAUUCCCUGGAUUACUCCGGCUUCCAAGUCGAAUGCGUUGGGCCCGGAAAGGUCGAUUAUCUCGAGAAAUGCUUAGAGUAUGAAUCUCGGCCGAUGUGUUGUUGCAUGUAUCCGACGAAACCCGACAUGCCACAUGUCCCGAGAGAGAUCACCUGCGAUAAGGAUUGCAAUGCGCUGAAGGGGCCGGAGGAGGUCAAGGACAAGGUCAUUGGGGACUUGUGA